UCGAUGGGCCAGCUGACUGGCCGCCGCGGCACCGGCCAUUUCCCGCCGGCGCGGAGCGGGGCCCGGCGAGCGGCGGCGGCGGCGGGGGGGAAGCGGAGCGGAGCGGGCCCGGCCCGGCCCGGCCCGGAUUCGCGGGGCCCUGGAAGAGGGAGGCUGGCGGUGAGCGCGCGGCGCGAGGCGCCGUGAGGCCUGCGGCCGCCGCGGCCAUGCCGCCGAAGUUCAAGCGGCACCUGAACGACGACGAGGUCACGGGCUCGGCGAGGAGCGAGCGGAGGAACCUUUUAGAGGAAGAUUCAGAUGAAGAGGAAGACUUCUUCUUGAGAGGGCCUUCUGGACCAAGAUUUGGACCCAGGAAUGACAAAAUCAGGCAUGUCCAGAACCAGGUGGAUGAAGUCAUUGACGUUAUGCAGGAGAACAUCACAAAGGUGAUUGAGAGAGGCGAGCGGCUAGAUGACCUGCAAGAUAAAUCAGAAAGCUUAUCAGAUAAUGCAACAGCUUUUAGCAAUAGAGCCAAACAGCUUCGAAGACAGAUGUGGUGGCGAGGCUGCAAGAUGAAGGCGGUCAUAGCCCUGGUGGCAGUCAUUCUCCUGCUUGUGAUCAUCAUACCCAUAGUCCUGAAGUACCGUUCCUGACCAGGCAGCUGGAGGCUUCAGGGGAGCUGGCUCUGGGAUAACUAAACUGCUGUGUAAUUUAAGUGAACUAUCUGUAUAUAGCUUUGAAGUUGUUUUCCUCAGAGGAGCGAGAAGGUGGUGGCAAGUAGCCAGUUCUAACAGAGCAUUUUGAGAACUGCCAAAUGACCCCUUUUUUGGUCAAGUACCUGCUCUUGUUAUUACACCUUUUUUACAACAGAAGAUUCAGUUCCCAAACCACCGAUUUUGCUGAAUUCUGGGUCUCUGCUUUGGAUCUAGCUACUUGUCGUUAUGGUUUAUCUGUAUAUACGGUUAAGUUGUAAUGAUACAGUUUGAGCAAUUCCUCCCGCCAGCGGUGGAGGGCAGAGGGGGACUCUGUCCUUCCCUCAGAGCAAAGGAGGGGAAACGUGUCUAAAGAGAAACAUACCAUUAUGUGACAGGGAACUGACCCUCUGAAGAACUGCAAAGGUGUUGUUUUUCUCCUAUUCAAUAAAAAAAAAAAAAAAAAAAGGAAAAAGUAAUUAGGCUUUACAAGCCAGAAGACUUUCUGAUCCUGCCAUGGGAAUGCAUUAAGCUCAGUGUUUUCAGUAUUGCUGCUUACAGCUGUGACUAAAGACAUUCCAGUAAACCUAUUUUUGACUGUA